UCAGCAGGCUUUAUUACAGGGGGGCGUGAUUGUUACAAACGCAGCAAGAAACUCAGCGGAGACACAACCUAAAGCGAAAGCUCACUUUCUUUAUUUUUAUUUUUAUCUUUGCAAAGGUCGGGCAGCGGUUUUUGUUUGAAGGUUAACGUAUUUUAUACCAACCAUGUCAACCAGAAGGCUAAUUGAAAAAGCACCUGAGUUUUCUCGAGCCCCAGCAUCUGUACAAGUAAUUUCAAAGAUUAUUUGUUGCAUCCUGCCCAUUGCUCAGAUUGCAAUCGGGGCAGUAUACCUGCACGACUGUCCCCGGCAGCCCUACAUCCCCAUCUAUCUGAUCGUCUUGGGGGUCUUUGGCGUCUUGCUGGCAGGGCUCCCCUGUCUCCCCUGCACCCAGCAGCCCAGAGAUGGGCCCGCCACCUCGCCGACCAAUCCCUGCAUGGCCUUGAACUCGCUGAUGUCCCUCUUCCUCUUCUGCUGGUUUAUUGCUGGUAAUGUGUGGAUCUACUCCAUUUAUCAGCCAAACUACGACAAGAACACAACGUCUGUAGAUCCCUACUGCGACAAGACGCUCUACCUGUUCUCCUUCUGGACCACCACGCUGGUCUACAUCCUUCUGGGCUUGUCCGUGCCCAUCGCAAUCUGUGCCUGCUUGUGUGCCUGCACGUUGGUCCCUACCGACCCUGAAAACAUCUGAACACUGUAUGACUUAAAAUAAAUGACGGGAGGAUACACCUCAUGGGGAGAGUUUGCGGGUUUUAGGUUUUUCUGUUGUUUUUUCACCAAGACCUGGAACAAACAUCUGUGGUUGAGUUGUUCCACUCUUAAAUCUGGAGAGAAAACAGCAGAAUAAUUCCCCUCAAAAAUCCCUAUGAGAUGUACAGUAUGUUUGAUUCUCAGAUAAAGCACAUUUUAAACACUUUUCCCCUUCUGCUUUGUUGAACUUUCCAUUGCGCCUUUCCAAAAGAGAUGAAUCGUUCUUUUAUACAUUAAGCUUUAAAUCUGGCUCAACAAUUUACUUUUUUUUUUAAUUCUGAUUUACAUUUAAAAUUACUGUACAAUAACCACUAAUGUUUAAAACCUUCAAAUUGACUCAGUCGUUUUCUUUUUUGGGGGUGACGGGUGAUCAAAGAAAACUAACGUCUUGGAUUUUAAAGAAUGCAUUUACAACAGAUCAGGCUUAUUACAGUAUAAAUGUUUAUUAUGAUAUAAAAACCACAAUUCCAAUCAUAUAUCUCAUGUCUUAUUCAUGUUGUAUUGAUUAUUAAAUAAAUGUACUCCUAUUCUGCUA